AUGGAUGACCAGGGCUGGGUUCCCAUAAAAUUAAUUGCAGGCUUCAACAAAGUUAUAUAUUUGACUGACAAUAUCCAGAUUAUAUUAGAGGCUGUUCGAAAUUCAUCUGCCGUUGAGGUGCAGGGUGACAAAAUAAGGAGACGAAAUGAUUGGAGGAGAUGGAUCAUGCCUCCUCCUGUUCAGUUUCCUAAUGCUACAACACUUGGAGAGCCUGACAUGCUGGCAGAACAUGUACACAAUAUUGCUCUGGAGACAAGUAACUAUGAUGGUGCAGGAGGACUAGAUUUUCUAUCUGAUACUUCACAACGUAGGUCUACGUUUGGGGAUUUGAGUAGUCCAUUGCAGCUCUCCACUAGUGAGGGUACUGGUCAAAAAGCAGUAGCUGUUGAUUCUGAGCACCUGUGCAUUAAUAGUGGUGGCAUGGGUCGAUGGGUCUCAAUCAAUCACACCAUUUUUGAUGCGAAAGGUUUCGUUAGUGUGAGUGUAUGCAUUAUCAUUAUUGAAGCUGAAGAAAAACUGGAAGCUAGCUUGCAACAUUUCCUUCAAGUGAUGCUUAAUAAAUCUGAUGAUGAUCCCAAUCAUACAGCACGGUAUAGAAUAUUAUGCCAUGUGAUGACUCAGUCCAUUCGUGGUUCCAAUGACUUUUUUGGCCACGGACUGAUGCACGUGUCAAAUCGGCAUGUCCUUAAAACAUUAUGGAGCGCCUCCUCUUGGGGCUCAACAAUGAUUGAAGCAGCUGCACAUGUCACAAGGGUGGGUGUGUUCUUAGUAACAGAAAACAAUGAUAUUGUGCACAUGAAAAGCUUUGAUGGUCCAUAUCGAGUUUCUUCAGUUGGUAAACAGCUAACGUCAUGCAUUGAAAAGAUGAGGCUUAGAGUUGCUAUUGUGCAUAGGAUCAGCCAUUAA